GCCAUUUUUAAAUCUCUAAAAUAUAAUAAUUAAAUUAAUUAAAAAAAAGUUAACAAAUUUAAUAAAAAUGAAUAACAAAUUUUUUGUUCUUUUAAUUUCAGCACUUCUCUUAGUAAUAACUUUUGCUCAAUUGGAAGAAUAAUCUGUAAUAGCUUUGAGAGAUGUUGAAGCUGCCAAAAAUACUGUUUAAAAGUAGAAAUUAGCUGCUGAAAAUGCUACGAAUUUAUAGUAAGCCAAUGAAGUUGUUAAAAAAACUUAGGAUGCUAAAAGUUUAGCUUUAGAAGCUACUACUACUGCUAAAAGGGCUGAUAAAGAAUAGAAGAAUAUUAUUGAAAUUAGUAGAAAAGCUAUUGAAUAUAAUGAGAAAUAAAUUAAAGACUCUAAGGAAGCUUUAGAAAAAGCAGAUACAGAUGAUAAUAAGUAAACAUAAAAGGAGGCUAUUGAAAAAGCUAAUAAGUCUAUCGAAAUGCUUAAUUAAAUGAUUCAAAACUAUACCGAAAUUUCUCAAAGACUUACCUUAUACUCAUAAAAAGUCUAGAGUAUUUCUGAUGAGGUUGUAAAAGCUAGUGAUGAAGUUUUAUAAAUUGCAUCAUAAAAAAUAGAAAAGUUUAUUGCUGAAGAAGAAGCUAAAAAGGCUGAAGAAGCUAAGAAAACUGAAGAAGCAAAGAAGAGCGAAAAAGCUAAGAAGAUUGAAGAUAAAAAGACUGAAAAUAAUACUACAGGAUCUAUAGUUAACAUUAAUCCUUCUUCUGCAAAGGCUAUCUAAUUCGCUUUAGCUUUUACUUCUAUUUUACUAGUUUUUUGAAGAAAAAAAAAUUAAUGUAUUUAAACCAAAUAAAAUAUUUUAUAAAAUAUAGUAUAAUGCCAUUCAAAAAUCUUGCCGUUUGGAAGCGACUAGAUAAGUGAAUAGCAUUUAAUAAUAUAUUUUUAAUUUUAAUUAAUUUAUUUUUCAGUUUAGCUAAUUAGAACUAAGAAAUUUCAAAAAAGAAAUUAAACCUGAUUAAAUUAAAAUAUAUUGCUAAUCCAGGUAUAAAAUAUGAUGAAUUAGACAGCAUUAUAUUUUAAUACCUAGAUUAUGCUUAAUUUAAAAUGAAAAAAAAUAUAUUAAAGUAUUUAUGAAAAAGUAUGUAAAAGCACUAUUCAAUAAAAAUUUAUAAAUUGAAUAUAAUAUAUAAAUAUAAUAUAGUAUAAAAAGUCUUCAAAUACAAUAUUC